AUGAUUGUCGCAUCCAAGCAAAAGCGUGUGGAACUGCGACCACGCAGACAGUCCGACGCCGACGCCCUUUUCCCAACAAUGUCGCAUUCAGACUCGAUGCGAUACUGGUCUCGUGGCCCUUUUAUCCAAGUCGACGAAUUGCGCAACUACUUUGCGCCUGAAGACACGUCAGGCUGGAAAACCUGGGCCAUUGUCAAGGUCGGCGAGGAUCAAGCCAUUGGUUUUGUUGCUGCCUCUACGAAACGCAAAGGCGUGUCUGAGAUUGGUUACCUUGUUGCUCGUGAAGCUCUAGGACAUGGCUACGGCCGUGAAGCCAUACGUCUGCUGAUUGGAACAUUAUUCGCUCAAGGACAACGACGCGUCGUCGCUGACGUUGAUCCUGAUAAUGAGCAAUCCAUUGCGCUGCUCAGAGCUCUUGGCUUCAAGUUAGAGGGACACCUACGCGCUGAAUGGGAAACGCAUAUCGGGCUUCGAGAUUCCUUGAUCUUUGGUCUGCUAGCUGAAGAAUGGCAAUUUGGGACUGCUGACUAG